AUGCUAGACAAGGGGAAAGAGGAUGCCAUUUUGCAGAGCGCCCUUCAAAUAUGUCUGAGGAGGGAGGAGGCGAGCAACGCCAAGGUGUACCUAGAGUCGUACGAAAAGGAAUUAAACGAAACGAACACAGAGAAAAAGCCACCAUUUUUACAGAUCGAAAAUUUAUAUUUUAUCCUCCUGCACAAAAUAGCCUAUCUGCAUAAGCAAAAGAAAAACUGCUUGACUUACUUGUGUUCCUGUUCGGCGAGGUUAUCCGAUAGAACUCUAUUCAAACAUGUGCAGGUGGAGAGUAAGGAGCUAGAUGAUAUAACGAAUGAGAUAAAUAAUCAGAUAAUCAAUAGUGUAAUUAUUUAUUUAGAAAAUUUGGACGUGUACCCAGAUGUGAGUAUCCCAGCAAAGGAACGAGUUCAGAUCUUUUAUGAAUUUCUCAAGGAUUCAUGUACCUCUCGUUUUUUAAAAAAAAUCCUAUUAGUCAUUGAGGAAAAUGAUAAAAAUGAAGAGAGAGAGGAGGAUAAACAACUUAAUAAAUUUUUCUCUCCUAUUGUUGAUCUCAUUUUCGAAAAUUUAAUUGGAAGAAAUUUGGUUUAUCCAAAAAAUGACGUAGCUGUAUUGUUAAAAUUUCUCUCAAGCUUUAAACAAAUUGCAGAAGUAAGGGACUGUGCGUUGUCCAGAGUGGAUAACGCGGAAGGAGGAGACAGUGUGACGUCUACUACCAAUGCAGGGUUCGACGCACAGAAACCCUGCAGUAAGGAUAAAGAAAUAAACUCGUGCGGAUAUAACCUUCAGCUAAGCAGCCUUUUGGGGAGAUUAUUAUCUCCCACAGUUAUUACGAUGCCAAAUGUAACUAACAAGGAGGAGAUUGCCAUGUAUAAGUAUUUCUACAACAGUGCAACGAACUCGUUGAAUAAAAUGACGUUGGGUUCUUUGAAGAAUACAUACAUGAUGUUGAGAAGAGACACAGACUGGAUUUUGGAGAACUGUGUAGAAACUAUAAAAAAUUUACUUAAAGGAGGUGUGGAUAGCAAAAAGAGAGUCCUUUUGUGGCUAGCUUGCAUUAUCAUUUCGAAUGAAAAGAAAACGAAAAUUAUGUAUCAUUAUUCUACUUAUCCACAGUCGUUAGAUGCAUCGUACGGAUUGUUUUUAAAAUUGUUGGGGGAGAAUUCCUACGGUUUUUGCCUGAACAUGUUUUGGGUUCUACUCUGCCUGUGUGAACCCAUCACCAUGAACAAGAUCAACGAUUUCGAUUUGUUUUUUUUUCUAAGAGAUGAUCCUUUUUCCAAAUUUCUGUUAAAAAAUAUAACUAACCAAUCUUCUUUUGAAGAAAAAUCCAAUGUGGAAAAAAUAAAAGAGAAAGUAAAAAAUGGACAAUGCUUUCAGAAGGAACCUAAAUUUAUAACGUCCAUUUUUUGGAUCACAUUUAAAUCUCUUAGUGUCUUUUUCAAACCAGCCAUUGAUGAGUUCAUCAGGAUUGUACAAGAAGUUCCAAAUGCAAAGGAUAAAAAUUUCUACUAUAUGAAUAUACAUACAUGGAAAAUUUUUUUGUACAGUUCUCGUUUUAUUCAAUUAUUGUUUAAAUUCUUGCAUCUGAGCAUAGCAUACUUUUUGCAUGUUGCUUACUUAUACGACAUGGAAGGGAAUGCUUGUUUAGAUAUGAUGAACCUUCUGAGUGAGUAUAAUGGGAACUUCACUCACUUGGUGUUGAAGUCGUGUCCUCCUCCCAAUGAGAGGAAUUACAUCAGGAGAGGUAGGACUUUCGGUAGCCUCUCCAUUUCUGCGAAUGUUCACGAGGGGGAGGAACCACAGCAAGGGGUGGAAAAGCGAGACGAAGAGGGCAGACGGGCGGAACUGCCGCAAGGAGAAGCAGACCAACGUGGGGAACUGCCGCAAGGGGAAGUAGACCAACGGGCGGAGCUGCCGCAAGACGAAGUGGGCCAACGGGAGGACGGAGCGCAGGGCCAAAGAGGGAGCGACAACCUAGAGAGGAGUCCCCAGGACAGCGGCGACCAUUUAUUUGCAUCCCCCCAGUUCUCAAUCAUCCCGACUUUUUUCCUAAACGAUAUAUUUGACAUCAUCUACCUACUGUACGAAUUGGAUACCUUUAAGAGUCCAGGGAAUGAAAAUUUCUUAAGUUACCUAAAUGUGGAUUUAUUUCUCUCCUUCUGUAUCUUCACGAUGCUGAGUGAGAAUCACAUAAAGAGUAUCCACCUGAGGUGCGAAGCAGCUCCGAAGACCUUUACGUACCUGUACAGAAGUGACAAAAUGAAGAAAAUUAUUGAAGAAUCUGAUUUGACUAGAAAGUAUAUCAUAAAAUCGUUAACGUACGUUUUUAUUGCUUCUCAAAAAGGGGAAUACACGGAGAGGAUGCAAACUAGGGUUCGCAUCGUGGAGAAUUUUAACAGCCUCUUUCUUAACGAGAUUUACGUAGAUCAGUUUACACAGCUAGUUAUCAAAAAUAACAAUUUGUUCGUUCAUUUGAUUCACCUCCUACUGAACGAUGUGAAUUUUUUGGUCGAGGAGGUCGUUUCGUAUUUGUCCGAGAUUAAGCGUCGGGAAGAUAAGAAGAGGGACGACCAGGAGCGCGCCGGCAGCGCGGCUGGCGGGGGGACUAGCGCGGGAGGCGGUUCCAAUACGUAUGCCAACGCGACGCGCAACAGUAGGGUGUCGAGCGCCUUUGCGAGCAGUAUGUUGAACCCUUCAGGCGGGAGCGAUUUAGAAGACAGUGCGGCGAACUUGAACGAGUCGUACAACAGUGACAAUAGCGAUAAUGACGAGGGAGGGGGAGGCAAUGUCGGAACGGACAUAACGAACGAAAGCAUGAGGAAUUUAGCGGCGAGGACCAAAAUGAUCAUUACCUACUGUUACAAGUCUUGCAUUUUUUUGAAUCUGCUUUGUAAGAGCUACCCAAACAGUAUCGUCACGUCGAAUACGAUUCUGUCCCAAAUAGUUACCUGCUUGAAUUGCUACUUCGACUACCUAGUGGGUCCGAAAUGCUUAAACAUAAAAGUGAAGAAUAUGGAACAGUAUAAUUUUAGGCCCCAGUUAUGGCUCACGAGUAUCGUGGAAUCGUACCUAUUUUUACUAAACUCGGAUAAGAAAAAUGAGGAGCUACUUACUAGAGAAAUCGCCAACGAAGGAAGGUACUACAAGCCCGAAAUAUUCAACAAGGCUUAUUAUAUAUGCAAGAGGGAAGGACUACUACGCAAGGAGGACUUGCAUAAAUUUAAAAUUUUUUGUCAACAAAUUAUUGACAUGAAAGACGAAGUGGAACUGUUCGACGAUGUAGAUGACAUACCUGAUAAAUAUUUGGAUCCGAUUUUGCAAGACAUUAUGUUAGAUCCCGUUUUGCUACCCACAUCUGGCAUUGUCAUCGAUCGAAAGAAUAUUGAGAGGCACCUGAUGAGUGAACCCAAUGACCCCUUUAACAGAGCACCCCUCAGUAAGGAGCAGCUGGUUCCCAUGCCAGAACUCAAGGAGGAAAUUCACAAAUUUAUUAACGAGUUGAAGCAGGAGAAAAAGAGGAAGAAGAAAAUGAAGCUUUUGGAGUUGGAUGCCCAAAAUGAGUCCUUGGAGAAGGAGGAGUUUUUGGGAAAUGAGGACGACGCGCAGGAAGGGAAGGGGCAAAGCGAGCAGCAGGUCGAGGCACUGCACGAGGGGGGUACAAAGGAGAACGAGCAGGAAUGA